CACGGGCCUCGCCCGAACCAGGUCCGCGUCUAGUACCGCCCCCGCCGGCCGCGCCAGUGCGCGAUCAGGCCUUUUCAGUUUCUCAGUUCUGCGAAUACCACCCUGCGACGUUCAAUGGGCAAGGAGAUCCGAGGCUUGUCGAUGAGUGGUUGCGCAGCCUUGACAUGAUUUUUGAG